UUUCUGGGUAGGGGACUUCAGUGGAGUCUGCGUCAAUGCUGGCUUCGCCGAAGACCGCAUCGAGGGCACAAAGGAGGCGCUCGCGAGCAGACUUCCGAGCGCUAAAAAGACAAAUGGGACACCCUACAUACUCGUAGACUUGGCAAGAACGCGCAAUUUAAGUCCACGAGACCGCAAGUGCGCCAUUUGGGCCAGGGCCUACGGCACCUAUCUUCAGCACAUCCAUGUUUGUUUCGUUGGUCAUGCGUCUCCUAGCAACGAGGCGCGUGUUUGUUGCGUUCGGAAACUCUGCUAGUGUAUGAUACCAGUCGUGUAGUGUAUUUUAGCAUGAACUGUUUACAAAGUCGGCAAGUGUAUGAUGCCUAGUUUUUACAAAUCUGUUCAGAUCUUAAAAGUCGUGAAGUGUAUUCCAGCCAUAAGACUUCUCCGACUUCAAAGAUGGCGGAAUCUGAAGAGCCUAAAACAACCUGCAAGUUUCUUUUCAAGAAAUCAAAUAAGAAAUUUUCGGCACGCAAAAGAAAUGCUAGUGACAGCGAUAAAGACAGAAGCAGCGACGAAGGCGGCAGUUCUGUGGUCAGAAAGAAGAAAGCUGCUCUUGCGAAUCCCAUGAUUCAAAAAACAAAGAAAGUCGAGAGGGAAGCAGUUACAUCAAGUGAAAGUGAAGAAGAAAAAGAGGAAAAGAGUGUGACUGUGGCUUACAAGUCUACUCGGUCAGCGAAACCAGAAGGACCAGAUGACAUGGGGGCCACUGCUGUUUAUGAGUUGGACACAGAGAGAGACAAAGACGCUCAGGCCAUCUUUGAACGUAGCCAGAAGAUUCAAGAGGAACUAUCUGGUAAAGAUGAUGAUAAGAUUUAUCGUGGCAUCAACAACUAUCACAAAUUCAUUAAACCAAAAGAUUCCACUAUGGGCAAUGCAUCCUCUGGUAUGGUUAGGAAAGGACCUAUCAGAGCCCCUGAGCACCUCAGAGCCACAGUGAGGUGGGAUUACCAGCCUGACAUUUGUAAAGAUUAUAAAGAGACUGGUUUCUGUGGGUUUGGAGACAGCUGUAAGUUUCUUCAUGACCGCUCAGACUACAAGCACGGCUGGCAGAUCGAACGAGAGCUUGAAGAGGGAAGAUAUGGUGCAAAUGAUGACGAGAACUAUGAAGUGAGCAGUGACGAGGAAGAUUUUCCCUUCAAGUGUUUCAUCUGUAGAGACUCUUUUAAGAACCCCAUUAUUACAAAGUGCCGGCACUACUUUUGUGAGAGCUGUGCUCUCCAGCACUACCGGAAGUCAAAGCGCUGCUACGUUUGUAACCAGCAGACCAAUGGAGUCUUCAAUCCUGCCAAAGAGCUCAUGGCCAAGAUUCAGAAACGCCAGGCAGCUGCUGACCAGCCUCCGUCAGAUGAGGAUGACUAGCACCGCAUAGCAUUCCCAACGCCAUCAUGCUUUUAUUAUAGUGUUUCAGGUUCCCUGAGCUGUACAUUUUCAAAACUUUUGAAAUAAACAUGUAUAUGUUUUUCCAUUUACCAUUUUUAAUUUCUA